GUGACGGAACUCCGUCAGAUUUUAGCGAUUUCCGAGCAUGGCCCCAAAUACCUCAAAAUGCAGGCUUAGAGAAACCAUUGGUUCUGACACCCCAUCUUAUGAGGCACGUGUAUACAGAUCCAAAGUUCAUCCUCAUCUUUAGAAAUCCAACUGACAGGUUAUAUUCUGACUACAUCAUGAGGAGUGGACGUUCAGCUGCAGAUUUCCAUAACGUUGUGAGUGGAGAUAUUCAGAUCGAGGAGACCUGCAUGAAGAACCACACUGUGGAACAAUGUCUGUACAGCCUGGACAUAGCACAAAGACUUCGGACACGUAUUUUCUUAGGGUGUUAUUCCGUGUUCAUGCGAGAAUGGCUGAAGGUUUUUCCCAGAGAGCAAUUCCUUAUAUUGCGGACAGAGGACCAUGAUCAAGAUCCAAAAGCUCAGCUAACAAAAGUGUUCAACCAUCUGAAUCUGAAUUAUACCGAAGAGUCGAUGACUUCCAUUGCUAACAUGCCUCAUAAACGGGUCAGUAAGAAGAAGAUACUUACGGGACCUAUGCUUGAAAAGACCCGUGCCUUGCUGGACAAUUUUUACAGCAGAUACAAGAAGGAUUUGGCAGAUAUGCUACAGGAUAAGAGAUUUCUUUGGUUGACAUAGUUUAAAUGUGAUUGUAAACAAAGAAGAUCAUUAAUUA